AUGCGGUCUCCCACCCCAACGUCCUCAAGCAAGACAACCUCGUGGUGGAUUAGAUUCUGGUCGGCCAUUUCGCAUUGAAUGUCUGUGUUACACAAGGGCUCAGGAGUAGCCGUGAAACUUUCGAAGAAUCCUCGUUGCUGUGAGGAUACAGAGGCAUCAUGGAGAACGAAUACACCGUUACGGUCACCAACAAGUUCUUCUUGGCCCUCAACGAGAACGAGGAUCCGCUGGAUGUGCUGAAGGAUCGUGAACAAGAGAAAGAAGCGAAGAAGAAGGAGCGCAUCUCGGAGAAGGAGAACAAGAGCAAGCAACAGCAGCAGCAACAGCAACAGCAGCAGCAGCAACAGCAGGACGGACAAAAGACCGCCAACAACAAGACGCCGAAGAACCGUGUGGUCAAGGAUGCCCAGCAGCUGCCGUCCAAGGUGCAGGAUGCCAAGAAGGAUCAAGUAGACAAGAAACCCUCCCAGCCAAGAGUGAGCGGUGGUGACCGGAAUGUGAAGUUCUCCGGCGAGUCCAGGGAGGAGCGCAAUAACAGACGUAAUCGCGAGGAUGGUGAGAGAAAUCUCCGAGGACAGGGGGAGUUCAGGCGAGGAGGACCUCCUGGGUUAGUUUCCGCGAAACAAGCAACAAAUGUUAUACGCGAGGGCCGUGAGACGCGCGAAUUCCGGAAUUCUAAUACCGACGCUCAGCGUGGUGAAUACGGCGAACGCCGUGGUCGCGGAGGUAUGCGUGGUAUGAGUCGCGGACGCGGAGGCCCUCGUGGACGUGGCGGUUAUGAUAAUCGUGGCAAGCGGGAGUUUGAUCGCCAGUCUGGCUCUGAUAAGACUGGCAUUAAACCAGUGGAUAAAAAAGACGGUGCUGGCAGCCACAAUUGGGGCACCCAUAAUGAUGAAAUAGAAGAAAGCCUUAACCAAGAAAGCCAAGAUUGGAACAAUGACAAGCCGGAGUCCGAGGCAACCCCGGGGACAACCGAGGUUAAGAACGGUGACGCUACCGCGGACACCGGAACUGUCGAGGAGAAACCGGUCGAGGAGGAAUCGCGCGAACUCACUUUAGAUGAGUGGAAGGCGCUGCGAAACAACCGAGUGAAGCCGCAGUUCAAUGUGCGGAAGGCCGGCGAAGGUGAGGAUCUGUCGCGCUGGAAGAAGAUGUACGCGCUCGAGAGGAAGAAGGAGGGCGCUGACGACGAAGAUGAGGAGGAAGAGGAGUACGACGCGGCCGUGGAGUAUCCUCAGCGCGUCGGCAGGCAAAAGCGCGUGUUAGGCAUUGAGAUCCAGUUCAGUGAUUCGCGACGUGGUUCUGGCGGUCGCGGUCGAGGUGGUCGCGGUCGCGGCGGCGAUCGUGUGAACGGCCGUGGAUAUGGAAAUCGUGGCACUCCUAGAGACGGGGACUCGCGUGGAUCUUUGCAGUCUUCACAAACCGAGCAGAGGUCACCGCGAAGCCGUCAGAAUGCUCCUAAGGUGGACGAUGAGCAUGACUUCCCCUCUUUGGGAUAGAUAGUUUCGUCUAUCUAUUCCAGCAUCUCAAGAUUACCAACGUCAGCACUAUGAUGCAUAAAGUUACACUAACUGAAAAAAAAUAUUACUCUAUUGAGAAACUUGCGUUAGUGCGUAACAUUAUUAUUGCAUAAUACAGUACACAUUUACAGAAAAUGAAAUACGUAAUGAUUAUAAAGCUCCUUGAUUAAUGUCAAAAUUAUAUAAAGCAAGCGGGCGCAAUAAGAGCCAAAUUGCAGAUCUAGUUUGCAUAUAUUUGCAAUAAAUGCUAUAAGCGCGACUAAAACUUUAUUGGUUAAUUUUUAAGUGUAUGCGAACGUUUCGGCCGUUACUUGUGAUUGUCCUCAGUUGAAGUUGCAAUUACAAAUAACAACCGGUUAUAAGAAACAGUCAUGUAACGCAUUUAAUACAAAGUAGAGAUCAUAUCUUAAAAUGUGCAUUGUUGUUGGACAUGCAAAUAAUCAUACGAAGACAAUCGAUGAGAGUCUCGAGAAUUCUGGAAGCGGUCUACCAAUCCUGAGAGAGUAUCGAGUACGAUUGUUUUCUUGUCACGGUUUGUCACGGUUUCUUAGGACCAAUUAUUAUUUAUAAUUUUCAAUUAUAAUUUCGGCUGAAGAUGAUCACAAGAAAUGGUCAAAACGUUCCGAUAUUGAAAUAUUAGCAAAUAGAUUAUCUGCUUAUAGAAUUUAUUGUGUAAAUAUACACGUAUAUAUAUAUAAUAUAUAUAUAUAUAUAAAGUGGAAAUAAAUGUAAACCGGAUUUGCUUGGCUCUUUUUAUCCGCAUUUGUUUUAUAUAAUUUUGAAAUACGUAAUACUAUUCUUAAAUAAAUUGUGACGCUUGAACGCGUUGUUACAUAUUGCUGCAGAAUGGUAAAUACGAAAAGUUGCACGACGUAUAAACAAAAAAAAAUAGGGAAAGAUACGAUCCUUUUUUUGUACUUGUGGGGGAGUGUUUGUCCGUAACUAUUUCAGAGAUGGCAGCCAGCGGAUAAACAAUCUGUGAAAAAAAAGAAAAACAUAGUUGAAGUGAAAGUUGUUAAUAACAUAAUGAAG